UCGGCCUUUGGAGAAGAGGGCCGCGGAAGGGAUUGGCUGAGACGCAAACGGUCGUUUCUCUUCAUUGGCCAAACGUAUUGCCGCAGGAGCCGAGUAUGAAUGGCCGGAGGUCGGUUUGAGAAGGGAGGUUAAAGCUUCCCUGAGCUCGGGCAACUCUGGCGGAUCUUCGAGAGCCUUUGAGGGGCCGGCGACCCCCAGCAGAACGGCAGACGCCAGGUCCGUGAGUGCCUGCAGAGCUUGAAGGCCUCGCCCUUCAGCCUCGCCCGCCGUUCUAAAAUUCUGGACGGGAUGGAGAAGGGAGGGGAGAAAGAACCACCAUUAGCUACAAUAUGGAGAGAUCCUAGCACCAUGGGAACUCCAGCCUCUAUUACCCGUGAUUUGCCACAGAAUCAAAUCGCUAAAUCAUGUGCUAGAAAGAGAGCAUCUGCCAAUAUUUUCCAGGGGGUGGGCUUACUGCAGUUACGUCGUCUCUUCCGUAGCAGUGGGGAUAUGCAAGCAGAAGAACGAGCCCAGCUAAUUUGGGAGCGUGCAGAAAGCCAAUGCAUUACUCGGGCCUUACAACAGCUCCACAGAAGACAGAGAAAACUGAAGCUGCAAGCCAAUGGGAAGCCUCUAUCUGGAAAGGGCAGUAGUACCAGAUUGCUAGAGCUACAGCACUUCAAUCACUUAAGGAUUGAAGAUUGUGAUACAUCUACUGCUCUUGAUGGUGACAGUAAGAAGAGACAGAAAGAGAUAGCAGAUGGAAGUGGCCACUACAUUGCUUCCCAAUCUAGGAAGAAGGAAAAAGAGAUGGAUGUGGCUACGUACACAAUGAAAAAUGAUUGUGAUCUUAUGCCAAUGGUUGUAGCCGAGUGUAAUCAGACUAGCCUGGAGAAGCCUCAAAGGGAGAAUGUCUGACAAAUGAUUGCAGGUAACAGCAGAAAAAAAAUUGAAAAAUUAUUUUGCUCUAAAGCACUUUGGUUUGCUAAUUUAGACUUGAUCAGUUUAUGUCAAAGCACAAACACUACGUAUUUUGACUAUUUAUGGUUUAUAUUUAAUAAAGCUUCCUGUCUAAAGAUGUCUCUGAAUAAAAGAGUCCAAAUGUCUCUGUAGUACAUAACUGUUUUCUCCCAAGAGAUCUUUUGAAAAAUUUACAAUCAGAAUGCCGAAGAAAUUACUUUUCAUUAUUCCACAUAUGCAAACUUACCACUAUUCAGAGGUGGUGUAGGUAAACACUGUUAAUAACUGCUUCUGUAUUUAUCUUCCAUCACCUGAUCUACUUUUACAAAUUGUUUCAGAGAAACCAAUUUGGUGAUUAUGCAUUGUGUGCAUUUGUCCAGCCUAUGAAAACAUAUUGGCCUUAGCGUAAUAGCUUUAUGAUAUCACGAUGUAGGAGGCCACAUUCCCUCACAUCACCAGCUUCAACAGUUUUUGCUCAGCAGUGUGUCAGAGAAAAGAGUCUGCCCUACCAAAGGCCUGGAAUCAUUUGUUGGCAGUAUGCCGUAUAUGAAAAGGACUACAUCAAUUUUAGAACUGCAAGCUGCUUACCUUUGCUUUGAACAUUGAACUGGCAAGGUUUAUUUAAAUAAAAGGUUUUAGUAAGUACAGCAAGUUUCUGAACAUGUUUGCUAACUCAUUGCAGAUAGAACUAAAUGCUUUCCCACUGCCACAAAUGCACACAAAUAUUCUAAAGGCAGGUACCUUUUCCCUACAAUUGCAGAAAAAGCACCACAGAAAUUCUAUUAAAUCCACAUCUAUAUUCAUAGGUUCAUAAUAUGUAUAAGAUAUAUAAAAAUGAGGUCUUUAGCAUGAGAGAACCCAUUGUUUCAUUCAAUCUUGUCUGUCAAGCUUGCCAUCUUUUAUCAAUUUUACUGUAAGUUGUUUAAUUGUGAGCCAUCUGGCGUCAUUGGGAGUCAGGCAACACUCACGUUUGAUAAAUUAUUACCUUCUCCAACUAAGCCUUAGGGAAUCAUUUGACUUUGUAUAUAAUUAGAUUCAGUCAAUAUAUUAACCCAGAUUAUCAUACCCUUGAUGCUAUCUUCAUAUAGCCUACUAUGCCUUUGCAAAUAAACCAUGAUAACCUGGCACAUAAAAAGAUAAUUCAGUUUCUGUAGCCUGCUUGAACUACCAAGGAUCCAACUAUAUUCUAGCCUAGAGCAGUGCCCUCCUAAUUUUUUUUCUUUCGUUACACAAAACUGUUUAUCAGAGAAUCUUUUUUAUCCAACAUAGGUAAAUACUUUAAUUUAAAUGUCCCUGUUGUGAUUAGGUAAUAGGUUCGUGUGUCAUUACCAAAGAAAAACCACAUUUACCCAAUUUGAGAUAAUUUGCUGUAGUCUGAAAAGCGCUGACCUGGCCCUAGAGUAAUAUGUGAACCAGUUAUAAGCAGCUGCAGGACAGCAUGAUACACUUAGCUGCUUUUUCACUUCAUGGACACGAUUGACAGCUGCCAAGGAACAAUUAUGUCAUAUUGCCAUUCAAGCACUGACAGGAAGGUCUGACUUCCAAUGGGCAAAAAGUUACACUACUACUUACUUCACCUCUGCAAUUGUUUCUGAACAUUACUAAAUCAACAUUUGGAAGUGUGUCAAGGCCAAAUUAAACAGCAGCAUAGGAAAAAAUAAGGCACAACAGUUCCCAGGAGACAAUAUACAAUUUUGUAUCACCCUAAGCCUAAAUGUAAUGGUUUCCCUACAACUCUGGAAUAUAAUCCUGUAAUCCCACUCCAUAUUUUAAUAUUGAAUUUGAAAAAUUGAUUUUCAGUCAUUGCACACAUGCAAUGCUUUCAGCAUAGAACAUGUAAUAAUUAAGUCAGUUCUAAUC